GCUCUCCAUGGUGCUCUCAUUACCCAGCAUGGAGGCCUUUGGCCGCUCCCCCUUUAUUCUCCUCUCUGCCCUCCUCCUCAUCUUUUCUUCCUCAGCUUUAGCCUUGACCGACGUUGAGGCAGCCGCGAUUGCCCGACGCCAGCUCCUCACCCUCCGCGAACGCAAUGGUGACCUCUCUCGAGACUUUGAGUUUGACAUCAAGAUCGACAUUAAGUUUGCGAAUGAACGCCUCCGUCAUGCCUACAUAGCUCUCCAUGCCUGGAAACACGCUAUCUACUCCGAUCCCCUCAACUUCACUGCCAAUUGGGAUGGCCCUGACGUGUGCUCAUACUCUGGCGUCUUUUGCUCUCCCGCUCUUGAUGACUCCUCCGUCAAUGUUGUUGCUGGCGUCGACCUCAAUAGUGCCGACAUCGCCGGCUACCUCCCAACCGAGCUUAGCCUACUCACCGACAUCGCCCUCUUCCACAUAAACUCCAAUCGCUUUUGUGGUAUAAUUCCAGAUACAUUUUCUCGUCUUACCCUCCUCCAUGAGUUCGACGUCAGCAACAACCGCUUCGUCGGCCCCUUUCCUGCUGCCGUCCUUAACCUCCCAGCCCUGCGCUACCUCGACCUUCGAUUCAAUGACUUUGAAGGCCCACUUCCACUAGAGCUGUUCAACAGGCCCCUCGAUGCCAUCUUUGUCAACAAUAACCGUUUCACUCUUGGAAUUCCAGAGAACUUUGGUAACUCCACUGCUUCUGUUAUUGUUCUUGCCAAUAAUGAGCUUGGUGGAUGCAUACCGAGCAGCGCAGGUCGAAUGGUGGGCACACUCAAUGAGCUCAUCUUGUUGAACAACGGGCUCACAGGGUGCUUACCGCCUGAGCUUGGGAAGCUAGGGAAUGUGACAGUGCUCGACGCAAGCAAUAAUAGGCUCAGUGGUGCACUUCCCCAGAGUUUUACGGGGCUAGCCAAGGUUGAGCAGUUAGACCUCUCCCACAAUGUCCUCACUGGUGUUGUCACCGAGAGUGUAUGCAAGUUGCCUCAAUUGGCAAACUUCAGUUUCUCGUACAAUUACUUCACCGGUGAGGCCACUACAUGCGUGCCAUCGUCAGGGGCUGAGGUGGUGUUCAAUGAUAAAGGCAAUUGCUUAGCCAACUCAAGGCCUGGGCAGAAGUCAGCAAAAGAGUGCCUCCCAGUGGUAAGUCGGCACAUUGAUUGUAGCCAGUUCAAAUGCUCAACUCCUCUUAAGCCAAAACCAUUUAUUCCAUCCCCUAAGCCGACUCCUAAGCCAAUUCCUCAGCCAGUGGCGCCGACUCCUAACCCAGCUCCACUAUCUCCUAAGCCAGUUCCUCAGCCAGUGGCGCCGACUACUAGGCCAACCACACCGUCUCCUAAGCCGAUCUCACCAUCUGCAAAGCCAAUUACAUUAUCCCCCCCACCAUCUCCUAAGCCAAUAGAGCCAACUCCUAAACAAUCACCAAAGCCGGUGACUCCAUCUCCUAAGCCAAUUACUCCUUCUCCUAUAUACUCACAGGCGCCUCCUUCGCCACGACCGUCUGCAAGAUUCUUACCGCCUCCACCACAAUUCCAAAGAGGGCCGGUUGAUCCUACACGCUCCAAACCACCACCUAAAUCAGUGAGCUCGCCACCGCCACCACCUCCAGUUCUCCCAUCACCUCCCCCACCACAGUCACUGACAUUCUUACCCCCUCCACCAAAAGGUGAUAGGGGGCCGGUUGAUCCCUCACGCUCAUCACCACCACCUAAAUCAGCGAGUUCACCACCUCCGGUGCUUCCAUCGCCUCCUCCAAAGCAACCAAAAUAUCCUACAACAAAAGCUAAUUCACCACCGCCACCUCCACUGUCGUUCCUACCCCCUCCACCAAAAGGCGAUAGAGGGCCGGUUUAUCCCGAACACUUCUCACCACCACCGAAACCAAUAAGCUCACCUCCACCGCCACCUCCACUGACGUUCUUACCCCCUCCACCAAAAGGCGAUAGAGGGCCAGUUUAUCCCGAACACUUCUCGCCACCACAGAAACCAAUAAGCUCACCACCACCGCCACCAUCAGUUUACUCCCCGCCACCUACAGUCCAAUCACCACCUCCGCCAGUGGUGAAGUCACCACCUCCUUCGACUCGCUCACCGCCGCCACCCUCUCCAGUAACCUACUCCCCACCUCCUCCUGCGCCAGUCUAUUCACCACCGCCACCGGUGGCAUCACCUCCUCCACCGCCACCUGUCUACUCACCUCCACCACCCACGCAAUCACCACCGCCACCACCAUCUCCACCUGUACACUCACCACCUCCACCUGCGCACUCACCGCCACCACCUUCUCCCACGCACUCACCACCACCACCUCCACCUGUGCACUCACCACCACCUCCGCCUGUGCACUCACCACCACCUCCACCUACGCACUCACCCCCGCCGCCGCCUCCACCUGUGCACUCACCUCCGCCACCGCCUCCACCUAUGCACUCAUCACCACCACCUCCACCUGUGCACUCACCACCACCACCAAUCUUCUCCCCUCCACCGCCAACCUCCUCACCUCCGCCUGCACUCUCCUCUCCUCCGCCUCCCCAUAUAGAAGUCCUUCCCCCGAUCUUCGUCUCAAGUUACUCAUCGCCGCCUCCACCAAUCUUCCAAGGCUACUAAACUGAACCGGCCCAUUAUUUCUCCAAAGGUCACCCAAUGUUGUUAACUAAGAAGACAAUAUUUUCUUAUUAAAACAAGCUGUAUCAUGUAAUGACAAAGUACAAGAUAUAUUCCUAUAAAGGCAUGAUCAUAUUCGCAUGA